CAAGGUUUCGUACUCAAGACACCAAAGGGUACGAUAGAUCACAAACCCGAAGCUGCGCUUUUGAGGAAGAAGAUCUUCAACACGCUUGAAGGUAUCUUUGUGAAAUAUGGCGGCAGUACUAUCGACACACCGGUCUUUGAGCUGAGAGAGAUUCUGGCGGGAAAAUACGGAGAGGAUUCGAAACUGAUUUACGAUCUGCAAGAUCAAGGAGGAGAGCUCUGCAGUUUGAGGUACGAUUUGACGGUGCCCUUUGCAAGAUACCUCGCGAUGAAUGGGAUCCAAUCGAUGAAACGAUAUCACAUUGCUAAAGUCUACCGUCGAGAUCAACCCGUCAUGUCCAAAGGAAGAAUGAGAGAGUUUUACCAAUGCGAUUUCGACAUCGCUGGCCCAUCCGACCCCAUGGUGCCAGAUGCUGAAAUCCUCGCCAUCGUCUGUGAAUGUCUUACUGCUUUGGAAAUCGGCGAAUACACCGUCAAGAUUAAUCACCGAAAAAUUCUGGAUGGGAUAUUCGAGCUUGCCGGUGUGCCGGCAGACAAGACGAGGAGUAUAUCCAGUGCAGUUGACAAGCUUGACAAGGCACCAUGGAGUGAAGUUCGUAAGGAGAUGACUGAAGAAAAGGGCUUGGACGGGAAAGUAGCAGACAAGAUAGGAGAAUAUGUCGGGUUGAAAGGACCAGGAUAUGACCUUUUGGAGAAACUUGAAAAGGACGAGGGGUUGACAGGCGUCAAAUCGGCGAAAGAGGGUCUGCAGGACAUGCGGAUACUGUUUGAGUAUCUUGAGAUUUUGGGUGUGUACAACAAGAUGAGCUUUGACAUGUCUCUUGCUCGUGGACUCGACUACUAUACCGGCAUUAUCUACGAAGCCAUCACCGAGGGUUCAGCUCCUCCAUCUGUGUCUCCCAUCCCAUCAGUCCCACCCACCGACUCAAUUACAUCCUCGACAUCGAAAACACCUGCGAAGAAGCCCAAAUCUACCAAGGCUCAGGGUGCUGAGGAGGACGCGGUGGACGAGACAGCCGUCGGCGUCGGUUCGAUCGCCGGAGGAGGUCGAUACGAUAAUCUUGUCGGCAUGUUUGCUCAAUCUGCCGGAAGUGGCAAGACAGACCCUGUACCCUGUGUAGGUGUCAGUAUAGGUGUAGAGCGGGUCUACAGUAUCCUGGAAUCGAAACGAAGAGGAAAAGAAGAGAAGCUGAGAGGGAAAGAAACGGAAGUAUUCGUCAUGAACUUUGGGAAAGAGGGAUUGCUAAAAGAGAGAAUGGCUCUCGCCAAGACAUUGAGGGAUAACGGCAUCAAGGCCGAAUACAUGUUUAAAGUCAAUGCGAAAGAUCGAGCUCAAUUAUCCUUGGUCGAUUCAGAGCAGAUCCCCUUCGUGGCUAUCCUUGCGCCGAAAGAAUUGGCAGCAGGUACAGUACGUAUCAAGGCGCAACUGGGCAAAGAAGCCAACAAGUCUGGAGAUGGGGAUGUCAAGGGAGAGGAAGUGAAAAUGACAGAUGUCGUUCAAUACCUCAAAGAAAAGUUGGGUCAUUAGGCCUGGCCAUGGACGAUUUCCCGUGUAGAUGCGGGCGGGUCCACGGCACGAUUCAUACAGAUUUCCACAUUACGCAUGUUUAUAUUCCGACUAGGGGCUCAAGCGACGAGCUAGUGCGAAGCAUGCAG